UGUUCUGCAGGAGUUUCCAGUCUCGAUGGAAAGAGUCCAGAGCUCACAGCCGGAUCCACAGAUGGCUUCUGGAGCUUUGAUUCAUGUGCCGCGAUACUUGGGCAACCUGCCGUUCAGAGUCUGGAAGAAGAUGCAGGACAUCGCCCAAAACACUCCAGUGAUUCUGGAUCCAAACAUGGCUUAUAAAGAUCUUGUCCUGUCUGAUGAUCUGACCAAUGGGAAAUAUCAACCUGUUCCUGAUAAUCCAGAGAGAUUCGACUGGUAUCCCUGUGUUCUGGGUUCAGAAGUUUUAACUCAGGAACACACUGCUGGGAUGUGGAGGUUAAAUAGAUUCUGCUGGAUUCACGGAGUUUGGAUCUUCUUAGCUAAAGCCCGGGACACACUGCAGGAUUUUCAGCUGUCCCAGACUAAAGAUUGCCAUUGUGAAAUGAUCGUGGCGAUUUCUGUGAUCGUGGCUCCUAAUUGGUGGUCCUAUGUUGUACAGUGA